GGGCAACUGUCAGAAGUUAAACUGUGACGUCCACUUCUCAACACCGACACCGGGAGUCGGUCACCGAACAAACCUUUCUGAUAAGGAGGUCGGUGUAGCGCGUAGCAAUGGGCUCCAUUUCGGGUUUAUUAUCUGUGGUAGGAGCGGCAACGUUAUACCUCUAUCUCCUGUCCACUUUCCUGCCGCCCGGACCGCAACAUCUUCACCGGCGACAUGCGGUGGAGUUAAACAACGAGAGCGCAGAGGGGGACGUGGACGUGGAAGUUGUAGAGUACAGACUGAAGUUCCCGUCGGACCUGGAUGAGCUGAGGGAGCUGGCUGAGAUGCUGCAGUUCUAUAAGACAGAACACACAGGCUACGUGGUGCUGCUGUUCUGUAGUGCCUACAUCUACAAACAGUCCUUCGCCAUCCCUGGCUCCUCUUUCCUGAACAUGCUGGCGGGGGCGCUGUUUGGUCCAUGGCAGGGUCUGGUCCUGGCCUGUCUUCUGACCACCACCGGCUCUACCUUCUGUUACCUGCUCUCUGCUGCCUUCGGGAAGAGCUACGUCACACGCCUGUUCCCUGACAAGGUGGACAUGCUGCAGAACAAGGUGUGA